AACACAUGACUCGGACGCGCGCACUCGUCAGCAAUCGGUCGUAUUCGUUGUCAACAGUACCGGCCACGUCAUAACGGCUCUCGAGCAACCAUGAAGUUUUCGAAAAUCGUACGCUACACCAAAAUGAUCGUUCACCGACACCGACGGAUGUUGGUUUUCGGUAGCUUAGCUGUCGCGCUGUCGCUGAUACUGAUGGCCAAGCACGAGAACAACGUUCGGUUCAUCAGCAGCGACAUGGAAAAUGCCAAGCCACGCGAUGUCUGGGAAUACGUGUCCGACUUCUCCAACGUGAUGAAGCUCAAUCCGACUAUAACGAAAUUCAUAAUAACGCACGAAUCGACAGACUACAAACAAUGGAACUACACCGUCGAGUAUGAAGAACACUUAUCUCAGAUUCCGUUCGUGACCAACAAGAUUAUCGGUGAUUUCGUUGUAGACAAAUCACAUUCACAACGCGCAAUCAAAUCGACUCACCGGACAUGUUUUGCCAAGAUUUAUUGUUUGAAUACCAAAUCGGAAAUGAUAUUCGUGGACUUAUCAAACGGUACCAGAAUCGWGGAGAAAAUCAAAUAUGAAUGUCCGUGGUUGUUGACUAGGUUCUGCAUGAACGAAGUUCUGUAUCAGAGGAAGGAAAUAUUCAAACAGCUCCAGACCUUGUUUGCUGACAUAAAACGUUAAUGUUAUUAUUAUUAUUAUUAUCCUGUUUGAUUUUCUUAAAAAAUAUAUAUGUAUAUAAUA